AGUCUAUGAAAAGUGUUGGACUUUGCGAGAUCGGCAAAUUCGGAUCGAUCUUCGAAGAAAGAGACGUUUUACGAUGUGCGUGCAGGAAGCUUGCCGCGAUAAUUUUUCUCAACCGGAUAUAUGAGGGUCCGGUGUGAAACAAAAAAGGUCACCGUUGUCUAUUUCCAAGGAAUUGUCGCAGGAUGGAAGAAGAUGAUAGACAAAAUAUAAGGAGCGCGGUGGAGAACAUCCUAAGCGGUUCGAUUAAUUCCCAAAGAAGUUCUUACACGCAACAAAGUUUAACCAGAACGUCCGACAUAGUUCUUAGCGAGGAUCUAAUAGCUGGUGCGAGACAAGACGGCAGGAUGUCGAACGUUCGUCGUUUCUUUUGUCUCUUCGUAACCUUCGAUCUUCUUUUGACCGUGCUUAUGUGGCUAAUUUGUAGUAUGAUAGCCGGGGAAAAUCUGGAAACUGCUUUUAUUAAUCAGGUUGUACAUUAUCAUAUAAAGACGUCCCUCUUCGAUAUUGUGAUGGCAGCGAUAUGCAGGUUCACGGUGUUGUUACUAUUUUACGCAUUACUCUACUUAAAUCAUUGGAUCAUCGUAGCCUUAACGACUGCUACGACCUGUGCCUUCUUACUCGCCAAAGUUUUUCUUUUCGAUUGGUUAGCUUGCAAACAGCCAGUUUUUCAAGUACUAUUGAUACUAACGUCUUUCAUUCUUUCGUGGGCGGAAGCUUGGUUCUUUGAUUUCCGUGUGAUACCUCAAGAAACUCAUGUUAUUAAUUGGAUUCAAAAUAUGUCGAACGCGGAAAGAGCGCCUCUCAUUCAAGCUGAUACUGCGGAUCCACGUCAAUAUAGUUCGAUCGAACCUUCGCGUACUUUUUACACGCCUAUGGAUUCUCCAGCUCACUCUGAUACGGAAGACGAAUUCGCUAGGAGGCAAGACGCCAUUAGAAGAAUAUCGAGGACAAACGAAAUAUUUAUUCCUAAGUCGUUACCAAAAUUAACAACCGAUAAGGGAAAAGAAAGAUCUAUGGAUUCCAAAGAAAAUCGUGUCGAAAAAUCGUCGAUCGAAUCUACGAAAUCAGCUAUUGAGGAAUAUAAAAUGACGGCUGAAACGUUAUUAAAAAAUUGUUAUGAGUUAUUAAUGUCCAAAGAGUGGAAAUUAGAAACGACAACGUCAAAGGGUGAUGUCGUUUCAUAUAUGCAAACCAAUAAACCAGAAGGAAAAAUAAUGAAAAUUACAGGUAUAGUAGAUGCUCCUGCCAAUAUGUUAAUCAAUUGGUUAUUCGAUGGUGUCGAAGCAGCACCAUCAUGGAAUAAACUCGUAACUGAGUCGAUGAAAUUGCAGCAAAUCGACGAGAACACAGAUAUAAUUUAUCAAGCGACGAGUCCUCAAGGUGGUGGACUAAUCGGUGCACGAGAUUUUAUUAUUUUGAGAUAUCGUAACAAGUAUGGUAAUUAUUACAUCAGUAGUGGUAUGUCGGUGACAUUGAAAUCAUUUCCAAAUCGUAAAAAUGUUACCAGGGGUGAAAAUGGCGUGAGCUGUUGGGCGGCCGAGGAAUUAACAGACGGUGAUUCUAGCAAGUGUCGUUUCACUUGGAUCCUUAAUACCAAUCUAAAAGGUUGGCUACCUCAAAAAGUUGUGGACAGAUCGUUAUCCACAGCCUUAGUAGAUUUUAUGUCAUAUUUGAGAAAGUAUUUGGACGAGUAUCAGAGACACGCUAAUACGUAAAAGUAUCACAAGUUUGUGUUGUCCUAUUGAAAAAGAGUUUAUCAUGACAAUUAUGUGUUAUAUGAACGGACGAACAAAUUAAUAAUCAUUCGUGUAUGUAUGAAAACAUCGAAGAAAAAAUCACAAAUCGACAUUUCACUUUCUCGAGGUACAUACAAAGAUAGCCUUUCUACUAUACGCUUUGCAUUUUAUUCGAAAUGAAAUGAGGAAAAAGAAAAAAAGAAAAAAAAAGAAAGAAAAUAAUUAAUAAAAAAUAAGGUAAAAGAAAUGAGCGAUAAGUUCUAUUCAAGAAAGGUGAGCGAGUUCAAAAGGAGUAGAGAGGGAUAACGAGAGAGGGAGUUCGAGGAACGUGGUGCCGAAGUGUCCUAUUACGGGAAAAAAAAAAAAAUAUCUUUACCAAUAUAUUUUAUUCUUCGUUAUAAUUUCUGCUUCAUCGAUUCAUCAAAUUUUGCGUGUUUCAUUGAUAAACCAUAAGAUGCAGUAAGAACAAGUUAAUAAUCGAUAAGAUAAUAUUAAUCAUCUCUAAGCGGAAUUCGUGAUAUUCUUAAUAAUGUAAAUAUAUUGACUUUUAUGUAUAAUUCCUUUUUGCUACCGUGUAUCCUUUAUUAUUAUUAUUAUUAUUAUUAUUACUUAUUAUUAUUACUUAUUAUUAUUAUUAUUAUUAUUACUAAUUAUUAUUAUUAUUACUUAUUAUUAUUAUUAUUAUUAUUAUUAUUAUUAUUAUUAUUAUUACUAUACAUAUAUAUAUAUACAUAAAAAUAUACAUACAUGUUUAUUUUGGUCGAAUGGGAAUUUGACCAAUUAAUUAUGCAAUUCUUCCGAGAAAAAGAGAGAGAGAGAGACAAUUAUUAAUGAUUUAUUUACAUCACUAAUAGGAUAAUUAACAGGCUAAAAACAUUUAUUAUGAAUCGUUUACGUUUUUGCAUAAACGUUGUAUUUCAACAUUCCUAAUAUUCCAUAAAAAAAAAAGAAAGAAAAAUAAUAGAAGUGAAGUUCCUGUGCGUGAUGAAUGAAACGAGUAAUGCGUUUGAGAUUAUUCAAAAACGUCCACUGUACAUACAUAAACAAUGUGUAUAAUUGAUCUCAUACAUAUACAUACACAGAGUUGAGCUAAUACGUUUUAAAUGUAAAAUGAUUUUGCCAUGUGAUCAAUUUUAUUUGAGAUGGUUCGUUAAACGUCAAAUUUAAAUAUACAUAAAUACGCUUUUAGAUAAAAUUAUUUCCUAUCAUUUUGUAAUUGAUACAUUUUUUUAUAUACUCGAGAAACGCUAUUAUAGGUGAUAUACCAAGAAAACUAAAAGAACGAAGAAUGAUGAAAAGAAAAGAAGAAAUUAGAGAAACUCUUUGUCGUGCGAAUUGUCCAUUGAAUUGAACGUAGUAAACGAUUAAGUCAAGCUUGAUUAUCUUUUAUAUAACUGUGACCAUUGUGUAAGAAGUUAGUAUCAAAUUUCAACGAGGAAACUACGAACGGUUAUCUUGGGAACGAUAAUAAGAACGAUCGUUGCUUACUUAUUUUUUUAUGAUUAUUAUCAUCAUCAUCAUCAUCAUCAUUAUUAUUAUUAUUACUAUUAUUACUAUUAUUAUUAUUCCAACAGAAUUAUCAAGAGGACACCAGGGAUAAAGGUAGCCAUGUUUCUUUCUUUUUUUUUUCAGCUAUCAGGUUUAAGCUGGUUCGUUUAAAAAAUUUAACGAACUAAAGUACGCUUACAAGAGUAAGUAAAAAAAGAAAAAAAGACAAAUAAAGAGAAGAGAAGAAAAGAAACUUAGAGUAGAACAGGAUCUUUCGUAUAAAGUUUAAGAGAUUUGGUAUCGACCGAACUAUCUACCGAACGUUUUAAUGGCUGUGUUAAAAAGAACGUCGCCGACGUUUGUGUCGCAUGUAACGAUUUCGUAAACUAACAAAACUAAAAGAAAAUUGGAUCGAUCAAGUAAAAUUUAAUAUCCACUUUCUUUGCGUGUACAUGCAUAUCGUUUAUGACAAAGGAAUCAACUUAGCAGGGAUAAUAACUUUAUCGAAGAACGAUAUAAAUAGCUAAGCGAGUGACGAGAGAAGAUUUUACUCGUGAGGACCGAAUUUUAGUUUAGUUUUAGUUCAGUUUAGUUUAGUUUAGUUUAGUUUAGUUUAGUUUAUUUCAUUUCACUUUAGUUUAGUUCUGUACAAUUCAGUUCAGUUUAGUUUCGUUUCGUUUCGUUUCGUUUCGUUUCGUUUCUCGUUAAGACAGACAUGACGAGGGUUUAUAUAACCUGUAGAACUUCAACAGAUAUCCUUACUAUUUUACUUCAUCGUCUUCUCAUGGACACUUCGUCGCGUCUCUCGUCUUAAGUUAAAUAUAACCUUUUCCGCGUCGGAAAACUUGACGAUAGAGGAUUCUAACGUCUAAGGAAGAGAAACGAUGGUCGUUUUGAUAUCUGUGUCUGCCACCUACGCACUUACGAGUCAGUCAUAAUGCUCGAUAAAGAUCGACGUUCAUCGAGUACGAUGAUGUGCUCCUUCUCGUUAUUCGUAUGCGUAUGUGCGUAUGUAUUCGUAUGUAUGUAUGUAUGUAUGUAUGUAUGUGUGUGUGUACGACUAAAGAAUAAAAUAGGUCAAACGAGCGAAAAUCAACUCGACGCGAACUGAAUUCUUUUUAGAAUAUAUGAUUUAUCUCUCUUUCGAGAAGAAUAAAAAUAAAACACAUCGAUCGGUAGUAAACUCUUAAGAAAAAAAAAAAAAAAAAAGAAGAAGAAGAAGAAGAACAGAAAAGAAGCGCGAAAGAUGGCGGUACGAUUACGGCUGGAAAAUUCGUAUUUCGCGCAAAAACCAAAAACAAAAGAAAAAAAAAAAGAAAAUCGUGCAGUCGCCAUCUUGCUUUCUUUGUUUCCUUUUCUUUCUUUACUUCUUUUUCUCGUUUCUUUCGAACCUUCCUUUCGACAGUAGAAAAAGAAUAUAAAUAAAUUAUCCCACAUUAUCUUUCAA